AUGCUCUUUUCAAUAUUUGAUUUAUUUUCUUAACCUUUUUCUUUUAACACUGGCAACUAUUAGUUAAAAAGAGGUACUUGUGUAGGCACAAUCAUUUCAUUUGCUGUCUUUUUUGUCACUAUUUCAUAUUUUAUUUACAUAUUAUAGUAAUAUGCUUAAAAUUAAAUAGAUCCAAUUUUUAGAUCCUAAAGCUUUAUCAGCCAAGAUUAAAUAGAAACUCCUCUAAAAAGCGAAUUAGUUGGAUUUAGAUUUGAAUCAGAUAAUUCUAUUAACUUAUCUGUUAAUAGGACUUAUUUGGUUUAUUUAGCCUUCCUUUAAUAUAAUUCUGCUAAUUUAAGUUAAUUCAUACCUAUUAAUAUAGUUGAUUGCACAAAUCCAAAUUUAUAAGGAUUUAAAUGCCUCGAUUUUACAAGCGUAUAAAACUACACACUCUUUCUUAAUACAAAUUAGAAUUCAAAAUCAACUGUUUAGAUAAUGACUUAUGGAUGUAGAGAUUAAGAUAAAUUAAAGACAUUUAUUCCUGAAAAUUGUGCAGAAUAAGUAGAAAUUGAUAAACUAAUAAAUGGAAUAAAUUCUCUUUUGAGACUAAAACUUUAUACAUCAUAGUACAACACAGCUUCAUAAAGAAUAGAAGUUAACUAUAGAAAUGCUUAUGUUUAUACAGUAGCUAACCAAUAAAUAUUAACACAAUUAAAAAUCUAAAAUUAACAUACUUCAGUUCAAUAAGGUUUAAUUGUAUAAAAAGAAUAAAAAUUUUCUUCUCCGAUUGAAUACAAUUAAUAAGACUAAGGUUUAGAUAAAGAGUACGCCAUUUAAAAUGUAGGAGCAGGCUCAUAUAGCAUUGUCAUAUUAAUGAUGGAUGAAAUAAUUUAGGAAAUUUAUAUUUAAUAUCCUACUUUACCUCAAAUUCUAGCAAUGGUAAGUGGUGUUUUUACUAUUUUGAUGUUUUUAGGAAUAUUUGGAAAAAAAGUAUCUCAAAACUCAAUUUAGAAGGAUUUUUUUUUACUCUUUUUAAAAAAUGUAUUCCAAGAAAAUUAUUUGCAAAUUUUAAAGAAAAAUAAUUACUACCACAUAAAAGAAGGAGAAUAAGAAGUUGAAGUAAAUCAUGACUAAAUUCUAUUUUCAAAAGCAUUAGAUUCUGAUAACUAAUAAAUAAAAAAUAUUAAAUAAAAAAAAACUAUUCAGCCAAUAUCUGUUCCUGUAUUUUCUAGUAAAAGAAAAAUAUCUAUAGAAAAAGUUGAGAACACCAACAUAAAUUAAUCAUAAAAUACAGACAAUUUUUACUUCUCAUCAAAAAAUAUACAAUUGAUUAAUAAUUUUUAAUCAUCUUAAUGCACAAACUAACAAAAUAAUGAUAAUUUGUCUGAAAAUCUUAGUUUAAAAAAAUAUAUAACUGAAAAUGCCGAAGAAAUUACUUAAGUAUCAUAAAAUAAAAAUGAAAAUUAUUAAUAAGAGCAAUAAAUUUUAUAUGGAGAUAUUACAAACUAUUCACCUUAAGAUAAUGUUUUAAAAAAGUCUAUUUUUAGUAAGAUGAAUGAUACAGACAAUUUUUAGUUCUCAUAAAAAAAUAUACAGUUGAUUAAUAAUUUAUAAUAAGCUCAAUCCAUAAACUUACAAAAUAAUCAAAUUGUGUAUGAAAAUGUAAGUUAAAAAAAUAAUAUAACUGCAGAUACCUAAGAAACUACUUAAGUAUCAAAAAAUAAUUAACAACAAUAAUAAAAGUCUAAUUUUAAUAAAAAUAAUCAAUAAUUUUGUAUUAACAAUUAAGAUUAAACAAUUUUUGAAAGAGAAAAGAAAUUUACAAAUAUAAUAAAUAACUAUAGAGCUAUUUAAGAUGUUGAUUCUACUUAAAAGAUAAUAUAAGAUAUUAGAAAGAUAAACAAUAAUGAUGCUAUUGACAAAAGAUUAGUUAGCAGCUCUUCACCUAAUAGGUUGCUCAUCAAGUUUCUUAGAGUUGAAUCUAAAUGA